CGGAGCCAAGAUGCGGCUGAUCGCGGCAGCCCUCCUUGUGGUCCUCGUGUCGUCAGCGACGAUCCGAAAGCCGCUUCCGCAUUCGAGCCGUCAGACUCUCGAAGCUGCAAAAAAUGUGCGCGGGGUGAUCGACACGGUCCGCACAAUCGAAAACCACAUCCGCAACCUGAAGAACCAAAAGCAGGAUCAGACCGUCAGCCGCCUGCACGGCCUCAUAGCAGCGGCCGAGUGGCAAGCACACACCAUGCUGCAGCAGCACGGGUCGGCUGAGGCGGCCCAAGCUCUGGUGACCGCCGCUCACGAGGCGGCGCAGGGACUGCGCGCUCUUGCCGCAGGCACCACUGAUGUCGAGGCCGGCCUGCACGCCGUGCUCUCCGAAGUGCUCGUUGUGCUGCACCAGCUGGGCGCAGUCCAGGAUGGAGAGCAGCUGGACGUCACCACGCCCAUGUCUUUUCUGGACAAGAUCCUGGAGGAGCUGCAGUCGUUGGUGGAAAAGUACUUGCCCAUCCUUGGGCCAAUCAUAGGCCUGACGGAGAAGCAGGCUCUGGAGGCGCGCAAGCAGUUCGACAAGUUCGUGGCGGACGUGGAGGCGCUGGAGCACGGCCAGGUGCCAACAACCGACGGCCUCGAAGCUAUGAUCACUGACAUCCUCGAGAUUCUGAAGAUCCUUGGUAUUGACUACAAUGCGCCUACUGACGAUACGCCGACCGCGCUCGACGGUUUGUUGGCCCAGCUGGAAUCUGCACUGGAUACCGUGCUCGGGCUUUUGGGCCCGAUCCUGGGCCUGACCGACGACCAGAUCAAGGCCGCCGAGGCAGACAUCGACACCCUUAUCAAGGACAUCGAGGCCAUCGAGCACGGCGACGUCGACGUGGACGGCGGUCUGGAGACCGUGCUGAUGGACCUCGUCAAGAUCCUGCACGAAUUCGGCAUCCAGACCAGCCUUAGUUUCGACGUUCAGGGCACCACGAUCCCUUCGAUUGUCGACUUGAUCUUGGAGGAGCUGAAGCACGUUGUGGACACCUACAUGCCAAUUAUCGGCCCGGCGAUCGGCAUCACCAAAGAAGAGUACGAAUCCAUCAUAACCAACUUCGACAAGUUCGUCGCCGACAUCGAGGGCAUGGAGCAUGGCACAAUUGAGAUCGCCGACGGCGUCAUCGACAUCUGCAUCGACAUUCUGCGUGUUCUAGAAGCCUUCGGAGUGGAUUUCACAGUUCCCUCCACGGACGCUCCGACCACACUCGACGAGGUGCUCUUUUGGCUGGAGGAAGCGCUCAACGCCGUGCUCGACAUCGUCGGCGUCUUCAUCGGCCUCGACUACGACCAGACCAAGCAGGUGGAGGCCGACCUUCACGUGCUGAUGGCUGACAUCCGUACCCUGGGCGACGGCCAGAUUGACGUGGACGGAGGUCUGGAGGCCAUCCUGCUCGACAUCCUCAAGAUCCUGGGCGACUUUGGCAUACCAACCGACCACCUGACGUCCAGCAACUCCACCGAGCCGAGCCCUGUGGACAAGCUGCUAGGCGAGCUGAAGGCAAUCGUGGACCGCUACCUGCCGAUGUUUGGACCUCUCGCCGGCCUCACCGAGGACCAGAUCAGCUCCAUCGUCUCUAGCUUUGACAAGUUUGUGGCUGAUGUAGAGGCUCUGGAACACGGCACAGUGAAUAUCUCCACGGGACUCGAGAACAUGGUCACCGACAUCAUUGACAUCCUGAAAGCCUUGGGCAUUGAUCAAACCAACCCCACGGACGACACACCGACAGAUCUGGACAGUGUGUUGACUCAGCUGGAGAGUCUUCUGAACAAGGGGCUCGAGUCUCUGGGACCGGUUCUGGGUCUGGCUGAUGACCAGAUCAAGGCUGCUGAGGCUGACAUUGACAUGCUCAUCAAGGACAUCGAGUCGGCCGAGCACGGACACACCGACAUCGACACUGCGCUGGAGAAGAUCCUGACGGACGUGCUCAACAUUCUGAAGGACUGCGGAGCUCCCAUCCUACCCAGGACGGUUUCUAUGGCCACCAAGGAUCAGGUCAAUGCCGUCAUCUCCAACUUUGACAAGUUUGUGGCCGAUUGCGAGGCUCUAAAUCACGGCACCGUUGACAUCUCCACCGGACUCGAGAACAUGGUCACCGACAUCAUCGAGAUCCUGAGAGCCCUGGGCAUCGAUACUACCAAUCCA